GACACUCUAUAUAGCUCGGAGCCUCGGACAGCUCUCCAAGGAAAGACCAUACUGCGGACCGGCCGCUUCCAAGAACAGCUGCGAGCAUCUCGCCUCGGCCGGCCAUGGCUGCCGCUCCGGUGUCUGUGCCCCGCAUGAAGCUGGGCUCGCAGGGGCUGGAGGUCUCCGCGCAGGGCCUCGGCUGCAUGGGCAUGUCCGCCUUCUACGGCCCGCCAAAGCCCGAGCCCGACAUGAUUGCGCUCAUCCACCACGCCAUCGCCGCUGGCGUCACCCUGCUCGACACCUCCGACAUGUACGGCCCCCACACCAACGAGAUCCUCGUCGGCAAGGCACUGCAAGGCGGGGUGAGGGAGAAGGUGGAGCUGGCCACCAAGUUUGGCAUCUUGUUCGCCGACGGCAAGCCGGAGAUCCGCGGCGACCCGGCGUACGUGCGGGCGGCGUGCGAGGGCAGCCUCAAGCGGCUCGGCGUCGAUUGCGUCGACGUCUACUACCAGCACCGCAUCGACAAGAGGGUGCCCAUCGAGGUCACGAUUGGUGAACUCAAGAAUCUGGUUGAAGAAGGAAAGAUAAAGUACAUCGGAUUAUCUGAAGCAUCUGCAUCAACAAUCAGAAGAGCUCAUGCAGUCCAUCCUAUAACCGCAGUUCAACUGGAGUGGUCAUUAUGGUCUAGAGAUGUGGAAGAAGAUAUAAUUCCUACUUGCAGAGAACUUGGAAUUGGAAUUGUGGCUUACAGUCCAUUAGGACGAGGGUUCUUCUCCAGUGGGCCAAAACUUGUUGACUCACUAUCAGAGCAGGACUUCCGCAAGCAUAUGCCUAGAUUUCAACCUGAGAAUCUUAACAAGAACGCCCAGAUAUUUGAGCGUGUCAACGCAAUGGCGACAAGAAAAGGAUGCACACCAUCACAACUUGCAUUAGCUUGGGUUCACCAUCAGGGAAGCGACGUUUGCCCCAUACCUGGCACAACAAAAAUUGAGAAUUUCAACCAGAAUGUAGGAGCAUUGUCUGUGAAGCUCACACCAGAUGAGAUGGCUGAACUAGAGUCGUACGCUGCUGCAGGUGAUGUGCAGGGUGACCGAUAUCCUCAAAUGGCCAACACUUGGAAGGAUUCCGAGACCCCUCCAUUGUCAUCUUGGAAAUCCGAGUAGCCGAUUCAGUAUCUUCAACUGUGUCCACUGUCCCCGUUCCAAAUAGUGGACAAAAGAAGAUGCUCAGUGUCCAUCAGAUGUGCUCGUGUUGUUGGAAAUGCCGAUGUGUGUUUAUGUGUGCACUUAAAAGUUAAAACCACUGUGCGAUGAAUAAGCUUGUGCACUGUAUGAUGAGUAUUCAGCAUAAU